AUGUCGCAGCGAAUGCCUGGCCCUGGCUCUGGCUAUUCGUCCACCGUACCGCCACCUAUUCACGCAUACCAACAACAGCAACAGCAACACCCUCCGCCGUCUCUUCCACCUCCACCGCCGGCUCAGCAUCACCAUUCUUCUCAUGCUCCUCCUCCGCCACCGCCGCCUCCGCCAUCUUCUCACUCGCUGUCGUCGCAUCAACACCACGCUCCUCCACCGCCCCAUCACCAUUCUCCUCCGCCGCCCCAUCACCACUCUCAACUUCCGCCAUAUCCUCCAGCUCAAUACCAACAGCCUCAUCCGAGCCAAUACCCCCGACCUCAUCCACUUCCUCCCUCGCGGAACGAUGAACCUCCUCCGCCAUCCUCAGAGUCAUCUCCCAGCGAUCAGCACGAGAAAGCCAAAUACGAACCACCAUCUUUCUCUAAAGUUGAAGAAGGCACAGGCUUGAAGUAUAGUCUCGAUGUACAACAGCAACCCAUACGUGCGCGCAUGUGCGGUUUUGGCGACAAGGAUCGCCGCCCAAUUACGCCGCCACCGUGUGUUCGUCUUGUCAUAAUCGACAGUGACACAGGGAAGGAGGUUGACUACAAUACCCUCGAUCAUGCCAUGUUCGUGCUGUCGGUCGAUCUGUGGGAUAAGGACGGUAUCAAAGAAGUGAACCUUGUCCGAUCUUCAACUGGGCCGGGCUCUGUGGCAUCUUCGAAUAAUUACUCCUAUGCAACUCUCGAGCCUAACACACCUUCUUACCAGCAACAAGCUCUCCCUCCAAGCCGCGAGUCUGGUUAUUCGCAGGGCCAGGGACUGGGGUACGGGCAGGAGUAUGCCCCCCCGAUGCAACAAAACUAUGGGCAAGCACCAUCGUACCCAUCAAACAGUUCAUACGGCCCGCCUCAGCAGUAUUACCCGCGACAUAGCGGCUACAGUGCUGAUCCUCCCGCUCCGUCGGCCGGUGCUCCUUUCCGCAAUGGCUACAGCCAGGAUCAGAGCGCGCUUACCCGAAUGGCGGUGGUGGGAGGUCAGCCCCAGGGAAUGUUCACGAGGAACCUGAUCGGGAGCCUGGCUGCAAGUGCAUUCCGUCUUAAUGACACCGAAAAGAAAGCAGGUAUCUGGUUUGUCCUCCAGGACCUGAGUGUUCGUACUGAAGGCACAUUCCGAUUACGCUUCUCGUUUGUCAAUGUUGGAGGCGGCCCUGGUAAGGCAAAUAAUGUCAACCAAGGUCGAGCACCAAUCUUGGCCUCGUGCUUCAGCCAGGACUUCAGCGUGUAUUCGGCCAAGAAAUUUCCUGGUGUAUGUGAAAGUACACCUUUGAGCAAAACAUUUGCGCUUCAAGGCAUCAAGAUCCCGAUUCGAAAAGAUACAAACAUUAAAGGUGAAGGCGAUGACGAGAUGAUAUACGAUCAGAACUGA